ACACUUAUAGUUAAUGAACUUAAGUAUAUAUAAAAAUACCAUUGUAGUAAGUAUAUCUAAUUCUAACAUUACAACUCAAAUUUCACAAUAUAUCUUUGUGGGCUUCAAUCUACUAACCACAAGAUUUGACUACCUCAACUACUUCAUCAUGGGGGUCAUUGGAAUGAUGGCAAGAUAUUUGGAUACAAUAAUAGGGCCAGGAGUAAUGCUUCUUUAUCCUUUAUACGCAUCAAUGAGGGCAAUUGAGAGUCCUUCAACCUUAGAUGAUCAACAGUGGCUAACAUAUUGGGUUUUAUACUCCUUCAUGACCCUCUUUGAGCUUUCAUUUUAUAAGAUCCUACCAUGGUUUCCCAUUUGGCCAUACAUGAAGCUUGUGCUUUGUGUGUGGCUAGUAUUGCCAAUGUUCAAUGGAGCUGCUUAUAUUUAUGAGAACUAUGUAAGGCAAUAUGUAAAACAUAUAGGAACCUAUGGUGGUUUUAAUAAGUAUCCAGAGGAGCAAAAGAAAGUGCUUCAAAUGAUUAGCUUUGAUGCAAGAAAAUCUGUUGAACGUUACAUAGAUAGAUAUGGUCCUGAUGCAUUUGAGAGAGUAAUCAGAGUGGCUGAGAAAGAAGCAAGGAAGCACUAAAGAUUUGUUCGAAAAAAUUGUUGUUUUAAGAAUGUUGUUGUAAUAACUACUUCUGCUUGUUUUAUGUGUAUUAAUUAUGACCGAUGAGUUUGAGAAUUGUAGUAUAUAACUAAAAUUAAAAUGAAAUCAAUAUUGACCUUUUGCUGCUUGAAUUAUGUUUUCCA